CCGGCUGUACAUUCUGCUGCUCACGUUCCUCCUCCCGCUUCCCACCCUCCCAACCCGCCGCGGCCCGGUUCCAACGUGUGGUCCCCAGAAGGGAGCGGUCCGUGCCUCGUGCUCCCGGGACGGCCGUAGUGUGCGCUCGCGGCGCGUGGCGUUAGCCAUGGCGAUGGAUCAAGUGAACGCUCUGUGCGAGCAGCUGGUGAAAGCGGUGACCGUCAUGAUGGACCCCAGCUCCACCCAGCGCUACCGGCUGGAAGCCCUCAAGUUUUGUGAAGAAUUUAAAGAAAAGUGCCCUAUCUGUGUCCCCUGUGGCUUGAGGUUGGCUGAGAAAACACAAAUUGCCAUCAUCAGACAUUUUGGUCUUCAAAUCCUGGAACAUGUUGUCAAGUUUCGGUGGAACAGCAUGUCUCGAUUAGAGAAGGUCUAUCUGAAGAACAGUGUCAUGGAGCUGAUCGCAAAUGGAACAUUGAACAUUUUGGAAGAGGAGAAUCACAUUAAAGAUGUUCUGUCUCGAAUUAUGGUAGAGAUGAUCAAACGAGAGUGGCCACAGCACUGGCCUGACAUGCUAAUGGAGUUGGAGACUCUCUCUAGACUAGGGGAAACACAAACAGAAUUAGUGAUGUUUAUCCUUUUGAGACUGGCAGAGGAUGUAGUGACCUUUCAGACACUUCCUCCUCAAAGAAGAAGGGAUAUCCAGCAAACAUUAACCCAGAAAAUGGAAAGGAUCUUCAGUUUUCUACUUAACACACUUCAGGAAAAUGUAAAUAAAUACCAGCAAAUGAAGGCAGAUACUUCUCAGGAGUCAAAGGCUCAAGCAAAUUGUCGGGUAGGAGUUGCAGCACUGAAUACUCUAGCAGGCUACAUUGACUGGGUGUCUAUGAGUCACAUUACUGCUGAAAACUGUAAACUCCUGGUGAUACUCUGCCUGCUUCUGAAUGAACAGGAACUUCAGUUAGGAGCCGCUGAGUGUCUUCUCAUUGCAGUCAGCAGAAAAGGAAAAUUAGAGGACCGGAAGCCCUUGAUGGUCUUAUUUGGAGAUGUUGCCAUGCAUUAUAUACUCUCUGCUGCACAAACUGCUGAUGGAGGAGGCUUGAUAGAAAAACACUAUGUCUUCCUGAAGAGACUCUGUCAGGUGUUGUGUGCACUGGGCAAUCAGCUGUGUGCCUUGCUGGGCAUAGAUUCUGAUGUAGAAACACCAGUGAAUUUUGGAAAAUAUCUGGAAUCUUUUCUUGCUUUUACAACCCACCCAAGUCAGUUUCUACGGUCUUCAACUCAGAUGACUUGGGGAGCCCUUUUCAGACAUGAGAUCCUAUCUCGUGAUCCUUUGCUGUUAGCAAUAAUACCGAAAUAUCUUCGUGCUUCUAUGACUAAUUUGGUCAAGAUGGGUUUUCCUUCUAAGACAGACAGUCCUAGCUGUGAAUAUUCUCGAUUUGAUUUUGAUAGUGAUGAAGACUUCAAUGCUUUCUUCAACUCAUCCCGAGCUCAGCAAGGAGAAGUGAUGAGAUUGGCAUGUCGUUUGGAUCCCAAGACUAGUUUCCAGAUGGCUGGGGAGUGGCUAAAGUAUCAGCUAUCAACUUCAGUUGAUGCUGGAUCUAUGAACCCCUGUUCUACAGCUGGAACUGGAGAAGGAGGCCUGUGCUCCAUCUUCUCACCUUCAUUUGUGCAGUGGGAAGCUAUGACUUUUUUUUUGGAAAGUGUGAUCAACCAGAUGUUUCGAACACUAGAGAAAGAAGAAAUUCCUAUUAAUGAUGGAAUAGAGCUAUUGCAGAUGGUCCUGAACUUUGACACCAAGGAUCCUCUCAUCCUAUCCUGUGUCCUCACUAACAUCUCAGCACUCUUUUCAUUUGUUACCUACAGGCCAGAGUUCUUGCCCCAAGUCUUCUCUAAGCUAUUUUCAUCUGUCACUUUUGAAACUGUUGAAGAAAGUAAGGCCCCCAGAACCCGGGCAGUGAGGAAUGUGAGGAGGCAUGCUUGUUCCUCCAUCAUCAAGAUGUGUCGUGACUACCCUGAGCUUGUGUUGCCCAAUUUUGAUAUGCUUUAUAACCAUGUGAAGCAGCUCCUGUCCAAUGAGCUACUCUUGACACAAAUGGAGAAAUGUGCCCUCAUGGAAGCCCUGGUUCUCAUUAGCAACCAAUUCAAGAACUAUGAACGUCAAAAGUUAUUCCUAGAGGAGUUGAUGGCACCGGUGGCCAGCAUCUGGCUUUCUGAAGACAUGCACAGAGUGCUGUCAGAUGUUGAUGCUUUUAUUGCCUAUGUGGGUGCAGAUCUGAAAAGUUGUGAUCCAGCUCUGGAGGAUCCCUGUGGCUUGAAUCGUGCACGAAUGAGCUUUUGUGUGUAUAGCAUUCUGGGUGUUGUGAAGCGAACUUGCUGGCCUGCUGACCUAGAAGAGGCCAAAGCUGGGGGAUUUGUGGUGGGUUAUACACCCAGUGGAAAUCCAGUGUUUCGUAACCCCUGCACAGAGCAGAUUCUGAAACUUCUUGACAAUUUACUUGCCCUUAUAAGAACCCACAAUACUUUGUAUGCACCAGAAAUGCUAGCCAAAAUGGCAGAGCCUUUCACUAAGGCUCUGGAUAUGCUUGAAGCGGAAAAGUCUGCUAUCUUAGGAUUACCUCAACCUCUCUUGGAACUCAAUGACUAUCCUGUCUAUAAAACAGUCUUGGAAAGAAUGCAGCGUUUCUUCAGCACCCUUUAUGAAAACUGUUUCCAUAUCCUAGGGAAGGCAGGCCCUUCCAUGCAACAAGAUUUCUACACCGUGGAGGAUCUUGCCACCCAGCUCCUUGGUUCAGCCUUCGUCAACUUGAACAAUAUUCCUGACUACCGACUCAGACCCAUGCUUCGGGUGUUUGUGAAGCCUCUGGUGCUCUUCUGUGCCCCAGAGCACUAUGAAGCCCUGGUAUCUCCCAUCCUUGGACCUCUUUUCACCUACCUCCACAUGAGGCUUUCCCAGAAAUGGCAAGUCAUCAACCAGAGGAGCCUACUAUGUGGAGAAGAUGAAACUGUGGAGGAAAACCCAGAGUCUCAAGAAAUGCUGGAGGAACAACUGGUGAGGAUGUUAACCCGAGAAGUCAUGGACCUAAUCACGGUUUGCUGUGUAUCAAAGAAAGGUGCUGACCACAGUACUGCUCCCCCUGCAGAUGGAGAUGAUGAGGAGAUGAUGGCCACAGAGGUAACCCCUUCAGCUAUGGCGGAGCUUACAGACCUGGGAAAAUGUCUGAUGAAGCAUGAGGAUGUUUGCACAGCACUGUUAAUCACAGCCUUCAAUUCACUGUCUUGGAAGGAUACUCUCUCUUGUCAGAGGACAACCACACAGCUCUGCUGGCCUCUCCUCAAACAAGUGCUGUCAGGGACACUGCUCGCAGAUGCCGUCACGUGGCUUUUCACCAGUGUGCUGAAAGGUUUACAGACACAUGGGCAGCAUGACGGGUGCAUGGCUUCCCUGGUCCACCUGGCAUUCCAGAUAUAUGAGGCACUGCGCCCCAGGUACUUGGAGAUCAGAGCUGUGAUGGAGCAAAUUCCAGAAAUACAGAAGGACUCUCUGGACCAGUUUGACUGCAAACUUUUGAACCCCUCCCUACAGAAAGUGGCUGACAAGCGACGGAAGGACCAAUUCAAACGCCUCAUUGCUGGUUGCAUCGGGAAACCCUUGGGAGAGCAAUUCCGAAAAGAAGUUCACAUUAAGAAUCUUCCCUCGCUUUUCAAAAAAACAAAGCCAAUGCUGGAGACAGAGGUGCUGGACAAUGAGGGGGGCAGCCUGGCCACCAUCUUUGAACCAUGAAUCAAGCUCCUGGGCAUCCUU